AUGAAACUAAAAAGAGGCCAGCCACGAACGUCCUGCAAUUUCUGCUAUCGUCGCAAGAUCAAAUGUGACCGUUCCGCUCGCGCUGUUGAAGGGCUCUCAGCUUGUACCCCGUGCGAUCUCCGACGGUUGUCUUGCGAUCAAGAUUGUUCCGAUGAUAUUCGCAUUCGAAGUCCACGUCAGACUGUCUUACGUGGUGGUGGGAAUACUGAAAGCUCUUAUUCCCGUUCAAUGACCGCUGAGGUUAUAGAAGGGGAAUCCGUUAUACAAGAUACAAAUGCCGUGGCGGCGAUAGAUAUCGGUGAAGAUUCGUUUCUGCAAAUCAGUGAAGAUGCCAUUUCGUUUCUGGAUCAGAUAUUUAUGACCAACGAACCACCCUUUAUCUUUGAGGGAGAGAUGUCGAAUCCCCUCGGAGGCCACUCAAUGGAGGAAGCCCAAGACCAUGGUUGUGGGACUGCUUUGAGCUUGUCCGAUAUAGCCAUCCCUUCCAGCCUCAUCGAGGACUCUCUCCGUGCAUACUUUGACCUCGUCGCACCUUGCCUACCAAUACUAAGUGAAGAUGCGUUCUGGGAGGACUACGACCAGAAGAAAUGCAGCGAUACACUCAUCUAUGCCGUCGCCUGUCGAGGAGUUAUUUUCACCUCAACGGACAAUAAAUGGCAAAAACAACAAUCCCUCGCCAACAAAUUCAGAGAAACCUUUCUAGAGGGCCGAAAGACUGCAAAACAAGACAUAAUCCGGCUCGAUGACCUCGAAGCAUUGGCGCUGAUGGUGAAUUUCCAAUACGAUCAUGGGACGGGCUCGCCGUUACAAGAGAGUGUAGGCAAUCUCCUACUUACUCACGACUCUCUCGUUCUGAUGACUAUGCGAUACCGAAUUGAUUAUCACUCCUCCCAUCCGUCCGAUUCAUCAAAACUACUCUCUCAGAGAUCAAAACGACGUAUUCUUCUCCUCUGGCAUGUCUAUGGUCUCGAUGCAUUCUUCAACCUAGAAACUAAGGGGAUUUCACGAAUACGAGAUGAGAAGGAAUAUCUGGCCGAAUGUUCAUCAAAUGAUGAAAGCAGACGGCGUGGGUAUCUUGAUUCUAUUUUUAAAUUGGCGACGAUUGCGCGCAGGAUUCCAAGUUGUCUCUGCAAUCCUACGGCGAGGCGGGAAGGGGUUGAUAUCCAGAAAAUCAUCUAUAUUUACAACUACCUCGAUAGGUGGAGAGAGUGUUUUCGUCCAUGGUCUUCAGAUGAUGAUACGAGCACGAGUUCCCUUAAUGUUCCCCGCCAAAACAAAUCCCUAAAAUUCCAACAAACAAUCUGUCAACUCCUAGCCGCAAACUGCUACAUAGAAAUAGGCGAAAUCAUUCACCAAUACGGCAUUCGGGAUCCAGACUCCCUCGAAGGGGAGAGUUUGCUUCUAAAAGUCGAGUAUGAAACCCUCAACGCCACUCGUCGUAUCCACAGCGUCUCUGGCUGGUUACGCCAGACUAUGAUCCAGGGAUCCUCUGGCAAGGAAUAUGCGCUAGUCAAUUUCUGUCCCGAGAUACUGCGAGAUAUAUGUAAAGGGGCGUGUUAUUGGAUUUGUUUGCGAGGGUUGUCCAUGAUCACCAGCUUUGAGAUUUCUCAUUCGACAUCGUCAAUGGAUAUUCUUCCCAAUAGAUCAGUUGAAAGAGCAGGUGGUUCUGUUAAGAAUGACCGUCAGCUGGAAUGUUAUUUACAAGCAGCUCGGUCUCUCCGGAAUACCGUUGCUGCUGCUGCAUCGCACAGAGAUACCGUCGAACUUGUUGCUGGGUUAGAUGAGAAGAUACGCUUGCUGGAAGAUAACCUAGUCGUAAAUACGAGACCUAUCAACUCCAGGCUGAGCGAGGCGAACAGUUAA